ACAUCAUCGGUGCUAUCUUCCCCCUCUUUGCCUCGUACAUGUACGAGAAUCUGGGUAAUCACUGGGCCACGAGUCUGAUUGCCUUCUUGUCCCUUCCCCUAAUUCCGCUCACAUGGUACUUCUACCUGAACGGUAGGAAGCUGAGGGAGGCGAGUCCCUUUGCCUCUGCUCACUUCAAUGAAGACGAGGAUGCGCCUCACUGAGAGCGGAAGGGGAAGAGUGCUCUGCCCUGGAUCGCACUUGUAUUGUACUUUCAGCUAACAUCUUCAUCAAAAUUAACGAUUCUUUCUCGCAUCUGAAUAGC